UAAACCGCAGUGGCUGCGGCGAUGGAAGUUGUAUGAGUGUGGCCCACGUGCCUGAAUCUGACGCUCCUCGCUAGCCGCGGAGUUCCUUGGGUCCCGCGUGCGUUUUGUCCUGCCCCAAAGUUCGCUGCAUCCUCGGUGCCCUUAACCUCUAGCCCAGCUUCUCAAGCUCCGGACCUCGGCAUCUGCAGAACUAAAUGUUCACAACCAUGAAUGCCUCGGACGGAACAGAGCAGUUAUUGGAGCCUUACAACUUCGAGGUGUUCUGGGACAUGAGACCCCUUUUGGAGGAGUACUGGGCAACCUCAUUCCCCAUAGCUCUGGUCUACCUGCUACUCAUCGUUGUGGGGCAGAACUACAUGAAGUCACGGAAGGGCUUCAACUUGCAGGGGCCUCUCAUCCUUUGGUCCCUCGGCCUUACAAUCUUCAGUAUCGUGGGGGCACUGAGGACAUGGGGCUCUAUGGCUGCCCUGGUACUUAGUGGGAGCCCAAAGAAAACUCUGUGCUUCUCCAACUUCGCCGACACUCCUGUAAUUGGAUUCUGGUCCUGUCUCUUUGUUCUCAGCAAGGUUAUUGAACUUGGAGACACGGCCUUCAUCAUCCUGCGUAAGCGACCACUCAUCUUUGUGCACUGGUACCACCACAGCUCAGUGCUAGUGUAUACGAGCUUUGGAUACAAGAACAAGGUGUCUGCAGGAGGCUGGUUCAUGACCAUGAACUACGGUGUGCAUGCCAUCAUGUACAUGUACUACACUCUGAAGGCUGCCAAACUGAAGUCCCCCUCAUGGUUACCUAUGCUCGUCACCAGCCUGCAGAUCCUACAGAUGUUUAUGGGAACAAUUGUUGGCAUCCUAACUUACAUCUGGAGACAGGAACAGGGAUGCCACACCACAAUGGAACACUGCUUCUGGUCCCUUGUCUUGUAUACGACCUAUUUCAUCCUCUUUGCCCAUUUCUUCCACCAAACCUACAUAGUGCCCAAGGUCAAAGUCAAGACCAAGAGCCAGUGAAAAGCUGGAGAAAAAGGAGCCCCAGUCUUUCUCUCUGCCACGGCACCAGGGAGUUGAUCUUAGGUUUGGGAGAAUAAUUAGGAGGCCUUCCCUGUAUGGUUUUUCCCAUGGGAUCUGUGCUCCAAGGUGGCAGGAAGUUAUAACAGGCAAGAAGUGUCAGCCGUGGGUGGGGUGUAAUCUAGUACUUUGAUGUUUCCAUUUUUAAUGUGAAGGCCAAGCAAGCCCUGGGAUGGGGGUAGAACUGAGGAGGAUCCCCAGAGCUGAGUUAUUUAUAUUUCUACCCAGAAAUCUUCCUCUUGUUCCAUUUUUAAAUUAAAGAUUCCAACAAGUCUUCUGGGGUUUCUAGAUUUGGGGGAAGAGGACUGCUGUGACGGGAAAGGGCUGCUGGCAACAGGGUGAUCACUGAGAAGCCUAAGAAGGUGUGUGGAAAGAUGAGAGGCACACACAUGCAGACAAUAAUUCUAGGCCUAGUAGGCACUUAAUAAAUGUCUGUUACAGACCAGAA